CCUCCCUCCUGUCACACACCGGAGAAAGUGAGAAUCAUGCAUCAGCACCAGCAGCAGGAGCAGCACCAUGAAGAGACGAACUAUGCAAGUAGCACCAGAAUUCCUCUCCCUGGUGACGGACCAACCAUUCAGUCAAACAGUUCAGCACCAUCCAAGCAAACUGUUCUGUCUUGGCAAGCUGCAAUUGAUGCUGCUAGACAAGCAAAGGCUGCCCAAAAUAUGAGUGCUACCACAACCCAGCCUGUAGGAUCUCUGUCCCAAAGAAAACGCCAGCAAUAUGCCAAGAGCAAAAAACAGGGUAAUACGUCUAACAGUCGGCCACCCCGUGCUCUUUUCUGUUUAUCCCUCAACAAUCCAAUACGAAGAGCCUGCAUUAGUCUAGUAGAAUGGAAACCAUUUGACAUAUUUAUACUACUGUCUAUUUUUGCCAAUUGUGUGGCCUUAGCUGUUUACAUCCCAUUCCCAGAAGAUGAUUCUAAUUCAACUAAUCAUAAUUUGGAAAAAGUAGAAUAUGCCUUCCUGAUAAUUUUUACAGUUGAAACAUUUUUGAAGAUUAUAGCAUACGGAUUAUUAUUACACCCCAACGCAUAUGUAAGAAAUGGAUGGAAUUUAUUGGAUUUUGUAAUAGUAGUAGUAGGAUUAUUUAGUGUAAUUUUGGAACAAUUAACCAAAGAAACAGAAGGUGGCAGUCAUUCAGGUGGCAAACCUGGUGGCUUUGAUGUCAAAGCCCUAAGAGCCUUUCGUGUAUUGCGACCUCUCCGGCUUGUAUCAGGAGUGCCCAGUUUACAAGUUGUCUUGAACUCCAUUAUAAAAGCCAUGGUCCCCCUGCUCCAUAUUGCCCUUUUGGUAUUGUUUGUAAUCAUAAUCUAUGCUAUUAUAGGAUUGGAACUUUUUAUUGGAAAAAUGCACAAAUCUUGUUUUCUUAUUGAUUCAGAUAUACUAGUUGAAGAAGACCCAGCCCCUUGUGCAUUCUCAGGGAAUGGACGUCAGUGUGUCAUGAAUGGCACUGAAUGUAAGGGUGGAUGGGUUGGACCAAACGGAGGCAUAACCAACUUUGAUAACUUUGCAUUUGCAAUGCUGACUGUAUUCCAGUGCAUAACCAUGGAAGGAUGGACUGAUGUGUUAUACUGGGUAAAUGAUGCAAUAGGAUGUGAAUGGCCAUGGAUCUAUUUUGUUAGUCUUAUCAUCCUUGGCUCAUUUUUCGUACUUAACCUGGUUCUUGGUGUACUUAGUGGAGAAUUUUCCAAGGAAAGAGAAAAAGCCAAAGCCCGAGGGGACUUUCAAAAGCUACGUGAAAAGCAGCAGCUUGAAGAAGAUCUGAAGGGAUAUUUAGAUUGGAUUACACAGGCAGAAGACAUUGACCCUGAGAAUGAUGAAGAGGUUGAUGAAGAAGGCAAACGGAACAGGGUUACAUUGGCUGACUUAAUGGAAGAAAAGAAGAAAAGCAGGUUUAGCUGCUUUGGCCGUUCUUCCAAUAAACAUGCAAGCAUGCCCACCAGCGAGACGGAGUCAGUGAACACCGAGAACGUGAGUGGGGAAGGAGAGAACCCCGCCUGCUGCGGGAGCUUGUGUCAAACUAUCUCAAAAUCCAAGUUCAGUCGACGCUGGCGUCGCUGGAAUCGAUUUAAUCGAAGAAAAUGUAGAGCUGCAGUAAAGUCUGUCACUUUUUAUUGGCUUGUUAUUGUCUUGGUCUUUCUGAACACAUUAACUAUCUCAUCAGAGCAUUAUAAUCAACCUGACUGGCUGACCCAAAUCCAAGAUAUUGCAAAUAAAGUUCUCCUGGCGUUAUUCACCUGUGAAAUGUUAGUAAAGAUGUACAGCUUGGGCCUGCAGGCUUAUUUUGUAUCUCUUUUUAACCGCUUUGAUUGCUUCGUUGUUUGUGGUGGCAUUGUUGAAACCAUUCUGGUGGAAUUGGAAAUUAUGUCACCCCUUGGAAUUUCGGUGUUUCGCUGUGUUCGUCUCCUGCGUAUUUUUAAAGUAACAAGGCACUGGGCAUCCCUGAGCAACUUGGUAGCAUCCUUGUUAAACUCAAUGAAGUCCAUUGCUUCACUGUUGCUUCUGCUUUUCCUCUUCAUCAUAAUCUUCUCGUUGCUUGGAAUGCAGCUGUUUGGAGGCAAAUUUAAUUUUGAUGAAACUCAAACAAAACGGAGCACCUUCGAUAAUUUUCCACAAGCUCUUUUAACUGUAUUCCAGAUUCUAACAGGUGAAGACUGGAAUGCUGUUAUGUAUGAUGGUAUCAUGGCAUAUGGUGGCCCAUCAUCCUCAGGAAUGAUAGUCUGUAUAUAUUUCAUUAUCCUCUUCAUCUGUGGUAACUAUAUCUUGCUAAAUGUCUUCUUGGCUAUUGCUGUGGAUAACUUAGCAGAUGCUGAAAGUCUAAAUACAGCUCAAAAAGAAGAAGCAGAAGAAAAGGAACGGAAAAAGAAUGCAAGAAAAGAGAGUCUGGAAAAUAAAAAAAGUGAGAAGUCAGAAAGCGAUCAGAAGAAACCCAAGGAUAGUAAGGUGACAAUUGCUGAAUAUGGAGAAGGAGAGGAUGAGGAUAAAGAUCCCUAUCCACCCUGUGAUGUACCAGUAGGUGAAGAUGAGGAAGAUGAGGAGGAUGAACCAGAGGUACCAGCAGGCCCACGUCCCCGAAGAAUUUCGGAACUAAAUAUGAAGGAGAAGAUAACCCCGAUUCCUGAAGGGAGUGCCUUCUUCAUCUUCAGCAGCACCAAUCCAAUUCGAGUGGGAUGUCACAGGCUCAUCAAUCAUCACAUCUUUACUAAUCUCAUCCUUGUCUUCAUCAUGCUGAGCAGUGUUUCCCUAGCAGCAGAAGAUCCAAUUCGCAGCCACUCUUUUCGAAAUAAUAUCCUAGGGUAUGCAGAUUAUGUCUUCACUAGUAUGUUUACAUUUGAGAUCAUUUUGAAGAUGACAGCUUUUGGAGCAUUCCUUCAUAAAGGGUCCUUCUGCAGGAAUUAUUUUAAUCUGCUGGAUUUGCUGGUUGUGGGUGUUUCACUGGUAUCCUUUGGUAUUCAAUCAAGCGCUAUCUCAGUUGUGAAGAUCCUCAGAGUUUUAAGAGUCUUGAGGCCUCUAAGAGCGAUAAACAGAGCAAAAGGACUUAAGCAUGUUGUUCAAUGCGUCUUUGUGGCCAUUAGAACUAUUGGUAAUAUCAUGAUUGUUACAACUCUGUUGCAGUUCAUGUUUGCUUGUAUUGGAGUGCAGUUGUUCAAGGGAAAAUUCUAUAAGUGCACUGAUGAGGCAAAACAGAAUCCUGAGGAAUGUCGGGGGAUAUAUAUUGUUUAUAAAGAUGGAGAUGUUGAUAAUCCAAUGGUCAAAGAGAGGGUCUGGCAAAACAGUGAUUUCAACUUUGACAAUGUUCUGUCUGCAAUGAUGGCUCUAUUUACAGUAUCUACUUUUGAAGGCUGGCCAGCGCUGCUGUACAAAGCCAUUGACUCAAAUGGCGAGAACGUAGGACCUGUAUACAAUUACAGAGUGGAGAUCUCCAUUUUUUUCAUCAUCUAUAUCAUCAUUAUUGCUUUUUUUAUGAUGAACAUAUUUGUUGGUUUUGUCAUUGUUACAUUCCAAGAACAGGGAGAGCAAGAAUAUAAGAACUGUGAGCUGGACAAAAAUCAGCGUCAGUGUGUAGAAUAUGCCUUGAAAGCCCGCCCUCUUCGUAGAUAUAUUCCAAAAAAUCCUUACCAGUACAAGUUCUGGUAUGUGGUGAACUCUACUGGAUUUGAAUAUAUCAUGUUUGUCCUCAUCAUGCUGAACACACUUUGCUUGGCUAUGCAGCACUAUGGACAGUCAAAGCUCUUUAAUGAUGCAAUGGACAUUAUGAAUAUGGUUUUCACAGGAGUGUUCACUGUUGAAAUGGUUUUGAAACUGAUUGCGUUCAAGCCCAAG